CCACAUCCUCUCCUCACUUCUCGAUCCCCGCUGGGCGAUGUCCAUUCACAUUCGUGAUUCGUGAUUCAUGAUUGAGACAUGCGCGAUUCUGAAGUGUGAUUUGAUCACAUCGCUCUCUUCGCUCAUCGCAGAUUUCACGCAUCACUACAACAUCGCAGAGACGCUGAGCCAGAGCGAAUUCUCAUCAGCCAGUGGUCGUGACACGGAACACAAACAACGGUCAUCGCUCUGCCACUACUUGUCCGCACCAAUCACUGCGCAUACACCCAAGCAGAAGAUCGCCAUCGAUACUGUGUCUCGUCAAGCAUCGCAUCUUCACUCGCGAAUUCUCAGACUGCAUCUGCAUCAGGCGAACUGAAAGGGAAUGGCAGAUCGAGGUGGAUCGCGUGUGGGAGGCCGAGGUGGCGGUAGCAGAGGCGGUCGGGCGGGAGGCGGCGCUGGAAGAGGCGGUGGACGAGGUGGUGCAUCAGGAUCGGGCGCUGCGGGUGCCUCCGCAGUCUCUGGACCUGAAAGACCGAAGAGAGAGGCUAUCCUGGACUUGGCGAAAUACGUCGAUAAGAGGAUCCGGGUAAAAUUCACGGGAGGUCGUACUGUCAUUGGCGUGUUGAAGGGAUACGAUCAGCUUUUGAAUUUGGUGAUGGACGAAGUGGAGGAGUACAUCAUUGACCCCGAGAGCGGGGAAGCGACGGAACAAACUCGAGCGCUGGGCUUAGCGGUGCUGAGAGGUACAGCUUUGAUAGUCAUCAACCCUGCAGAUGGCUUCGAACAGAUCUCCAACCCUUUCGCGGCGCCAGAGUAGGCGUGCACCAGAAGCAGACACACCGCAAGGCCAGCAGCGCCUUCUUUGAUUCCCAGAACAAGGCAAAGCAUGGUGUGAUCCGUGGGCUAGACAUGGCAACAUAAUCUACGACGCAGCAUGUAAUUACGCAAGUACAAGUGCGUGAAGCGCGACGAUUGCAUUGAAGCGUGCAGACGCGCCAAGUCGACUAGUGCAAUUCCCCUCGAGCCUGUGCCUUGGCUACUUUGCCGAGCAGCUUGACCUGUCCCGCAACAUUCCGGAGAGUAUCGCGCACGAGGCCAUUGCCCUCGACAAAGCCGUAUUCGGUGUAGCGAAGUCCAUGCUUUUCGCAAAAGGGGCGUACGAACCGGUCGCGCACCUCUCUGAGGUUGUGCCUAGGGAUGCGGGGAAAGAGGUGAUGAGAGACUUGCAUGUGCAAACCUCCGUGCAGGAAGUCGAGCUGCGGG